CUUCAAAAAAAGUACAAGUGCUGCCGAUCAGCAGCACACACUGGCUGUUGCCGCAAAUUCCGCUCAGCACAGAAAGCUCACGAGAACAACCAGGAUCACAUCUGGCACUCUACUUUACUUUUGGGGGUUGGCUGCAGCUCCUAGAAUGAUGAGUGUCCCUCGAAAUGCUCACCAUUCACCUGUAAUGUCAUAAGGAAGGCAUAUUGUUCGAAAGUGUUUACAUAUAAAUAGUGAGGAUUAAGACAUGGGGAAUACCAUCAAGUCCGAACCUGAGAAGGAACCAGGUCUUCAGGAACCCCUCACCGCAGACAGCAAUGAUAUGCUUGUUACAAUCUAUGACUACCCCCCUGCAACAAUAAGCCAACCGAUCUUCAGGAUAGGGGAGAAGCUGCGUAUUUUAGCAGAAGAAGGUGAUUGGUGGAGAGUGAGGUCCAUCAAUGCUGGGCGUGAGAACUACAUCCCACGUGCCUGUGCUGCUCGAGUUUACCAUGGUUGGCUCUUUGAAGGAAUUGGGAGGCAGAAGGCAGAAGAGUUGCUCCAGCUUUCUGACAACAGAAUAGGCUCAUUCUUGAUAAGGCAAAGUGAAAGCCAGAAAGGUACAUAUUGCCUUUCUGUCAGGCACUACAGUGAUAUACCUCAGAAAUUAGUGAAGCACUAUCGGAUCUUCCGUUUACCCAAUAGAUGGUAUUAUAUACAAGACCGCCUCACAUUCCAGUGUUUAGAAGAUCUGGUAAACCACUACUGCGAGGUAGCAGAUGGUCUCUGCUGUUUGCUGACCCAUCCUUGCCUGGCUCAGCUUAGCACCGAAAGCCUUCCUGAACAGCCUGUCGUCCUACGUCACAACCAGUUCAAUUGGAGAAACGUGAGGAGGGCUGAGCUGCUGAGCACCAACUCUUCGUCCAGAGAUGAAGCCUUUGUCAGUUAUGGGCUGCGGCACAGCAUCGCAUCUUACAUGACCUUGUCACAGAUAGAUGAUAACUCGUUUAGUGACAGCAACAAGAAGAGAUGGUUCCCGUCCAUCAGAUCCAGUGCGCAGAGCCGGCACAGCUGCCUCCUCACGACAACACUGAGAAACGAGUACGAGGAUGACUUCGAAUAAAGGCACACUCCAUAGCAGCUUGUGGCAUACUUGCACUUUAAUGAGUCAUUAAGUGUCAUGUCAGUGCCCCUCAGUGUCCCAUCGCAAAUCAGACAUUGGCAAUCGGGGAGAGAGCUACUCUCCAUGUCUGUUCACUAAUGGCUUAUUUCCUCUUGCAAAAUAUGUAUAAACCUGUCAGGUUUUUUUGAGCAGUUUUAUUCGCAGGAAUCCAGUCUUCCACUGUUUGAGUUGAUACAUAAUUAUCCAUGCAUGACAUAAGCCCAGGUGCACUUCACCCCUCAUUCAUACUGAACCUGGCUUUGUAUAUAUAUUUAAAUUACACAAUGGCAUGCUUUUUCCAAUUUGGUUCCUUUCUUGGGGAAGGGCCUCUGCUCAAAGGGAGUAAUUUAGUGAAAUGAUCACCCUGUGCUGAAAUUUUGUGUAUUGUAUCUUAAGUUGUGUAUUUAUAUUACUUGUCCAGUAGUUAAAACAUUGUCAUGCAGAGUACAAAGUCCCUUGGCUGCUGCUUGUCUCAAAUCAGGCAGUAGCUGGGGGUGGAGGAAGGAGGUUACUACAAAUUUGGGAUAGAAACUUCAUAAAUACUUCUACGCCUGAUCUCUGUUUCAUGGUAUUGGAUUGGGUUUGCGAGAAUAAUUGACCUUCAGUUUUUUUGCUGACAUGGAAGAUUCUCAAGUGAAGUGGGCUGGUGAGCUCAGUUGGCUGGAUGGUUGUUUGUGAUGCAGAGUAUCGCCAACAGCGCAGGUUCAUCCAUGAAGGCUCCGCCUUCUCAACCUUGCCCAUUGCCGGAGGUGUGGUGACCUUUGGGUUAAACUCACCACCAGUUGUCUGUCUAAUGAGAGAGCAGCCUCUGGGGCUAUGGUGGCUUUCAUUUCACAUUCACCUCCUUAUUAGGCCAGGGGCUGUGACUUCAGAUCAGCUGUUCUGGAUUUACCUUAUCCAGGAUACUAUUAAUGCAGGCUCAGAAAGCUGCAUCCUUGGCCCUGCAGUGUAUUUUUCACGUUGUUCUGAACUUGUGCCGGACGCCUAUGCUAUUGAAGUCACUCUGAGAUGUUUCCAAUUAUAGACAAUACUGGAAUAGCCGAGCACAAAGGAAUGAGCCUAUUCAAGAAAAUUCUUUGCUCUAAAUAAAAAUGAAAAUAAUUUAA